AUGUUCAAGCCUGGUGACCACAUUAGCAAAGAUGAGCAGAAAGCGUACUACGAUGACCUUCGCAAACAGCACGAAUGGGAAUGCGAGACGUUCAACAAGGCACAGGAUUGUCACAUGCUGGCAGAGUUCUACCAGACGGUGGACGGCAACUACAAGAAGGCAGCAGCGUGGUACAAGACGCUGUGUGACGAGCGAGACUACUCACGCAGCUGCUCGUUUUUCGGCACGUGCCUCCUUGCUGGCCGAGGAACGGACAAGGACCCAAAGGCUGCGUUUGACUAUUUCAAGAAAGGAUGUGCCCUGGGCAGCGUGGAGGGCUGCCACAACGCAGGCAUGAUGUUGCGGAGUACAAAGUACGCAGAGGCGGGCGUGAAGCCAGAUGGCAACGGUGCGAUAUCUUACUUCAAGAAGGCGUGUGAUCAGGGCUUCCGGAACGGUUGUUUCAUGCUCAGCGUCGUCUACCUCAGAGGAGAGGCCGGCGCAAAGAAGGACAUGCCCCAAGCGCUCAAGUAUGCCAAGAAGGCAUGUGACCUUCAGCACACCUGGGGCUGCAUCAACGCCGUCAAGAUGCUCGAAACAGGGGAUGGUGUGCCGAAAGAUGUAGAGGAAGCGAAACGGCUGAGGAAACGCGCGCAGGAACUCGUGGAGGGCGAGGGCGGCAACGUGAUGUGA